AAUUUUGUUUUUACAAAUAUUUUCUUUAGUUGUCGAGGCUUCCAUGUAGCUCCAUGUCAGGGUGUAAAGACUACCCUGAUAUACAACAGCACUUCCAGGGUGUUCACCUGGAAUGUGAUGGCACCCAUCAGAGGUUGAACAGCUGCAUGGUGAUCGUGGAAGUGUCCGGACCGGUUGAUGGCUGCUCGCUCGGGCCUCUCCUGAAGGAGCUGAUUGGAAGUUACGCAGGCGUCACGGGUCAGACGGCGCUGGCACGCAUGGGGGUGUGUGGUUCCCCCGGCGUGCCUCUUCAUCGCCUGCUGGCCUCCAACCUGAGCUGGUCCGCUCAUGCCCUGCUGAUGUCGGACAUUUGCCGCCAUGACACGGCUCUACUCCAAUGUGAGACCAACCAGACUCGCGCGGUGCUCCUGGCUGACAGCUGCUCCCCAUCACUAACGCUUCCUCCCGCGGUCCACGAAGCCGUGCCCACUGCCGCCACCGAUCCGGACAUCUCAGCCGGCGCUGCCUUCGCUGACAUCACGACGCAUCAAAACCCAACACAACCCCUCGCUGUGACCACUCAAACAUCUCCUGACGACUCGCCGGUCACUACAGUUACUACACUUUCCUCCCAUGAUGCAACAUUUAACUCAACGGCACCUCUUCCUAACGGAACCACCGUAACAGAGCACCAUGUGACCAACGGCACUGGAAAUGAACACACGACACACUUAAACGCCACUUCCACGUCAAAGCGACCAGGACCGCAAGACAACUCAACACUUCCCGAUGACAGCCAAACAUUGGCGACCACGUCCAGUAACGACGUGGCUCCUUCAGCCCCGCUCAUCAUGGCCGACAUGACGACUAACCUCAACAACGGCGCCAAUUUAAGCGAUGAUCCUUCACAUAUCCUGUUGACGUUUCCGGCGAAAAACGACAACACAACCAUAACAACAGCUGGCACCAUAGUGACUUCUUCUGCAUCUCCUGGGACAAAACUCCCCCCUGAGGAGCAAAUGGACAAACUUCUGGAAAGAACUCAGGACGGAUCUCAGCUUAAUUCCUCGCAGGUCGCGGACGUGGUCGAGCAGCUGGAGAAACUUCUGGAUGCUGCAACCGUCUCCCAGGCGGUGGGGAGGAAAGCCAUCAGCAUCGUGAGCCAGCUGAUGGAAGUUGACCCACGAGUCCUGUCAGCGUCUUCCAACAGGAUCAUUCGCCUAGUGGAGGACUUGGGUCUGAAGCUGGUCGUAAGCGACGUGUCCGUGGUCCUCUCCUCUGGUUCACUUGUUCUGGCGGUGCAGAAAGUGGACGGCAGCAACUUUCCAGAAAUGUUUGUCCACAUCUACAACACUAAGGAUGUUGAGCUCAGCGUUACCAGCAGGUCUAAAUCCAGGAGAAGGGACUCCAUCUUGGGGUCCGUGUACUUACCGUCUUCCCUCGCUGGGGCCUUGAAUUCUGCUGAGAAAAUGCAGGUCCAGAGGGUCCAGUUCACCUUCUACACCAAACCCAUCUUGUUCCAGGACAACACGUUGAACAAACAGACUGUGGUCAGCCCGGUUCUGGCGUCCAGUGUCGCCAAUUUGUCCGUAAGCAACCUGACUGAAAACGUGAGCUUCACCAUCCAGAACCUUCAUCCUGUCCACGCCAACUAUGAGGUAACUUGUGCGUUUUGGGACUUCACCGGGAACGGCGGUGCAGGAGGUUGGAGCUCGGCAGGCUGCUUUGUGGUGAACUCCACUUCCUGGGGGACAACCUGCACAUGCAACCAUCUCACCUCCUUCGCCGUGCUGCUGGAUCUCUCCAGAGAGGGCGUAAGCGAUCCCCGGCAGGCACAAAUUCUCACCUUCAUCACGUAUAUUGGCUGCGGACUUUCAGCUGUUUUUCUCGCCGCCACCUUGUUGACUUACCUUUCGUUCGAGAAAUUGUUGCGAGACAUUCCAGCCAAGAUUCUGGUCCAGCUCUGCUUCUCCCUCCUCUUCCUCAACCUGGUCUACCUGCUGGACGGCUGGCUGGCGCUCUACCCGGCCGGCGGCCUUUGCAUCAGCACCGCCUUCUUCCUGCACUACUUCCUGCUCACCUCCUUCACCUGGGCGGGGCUGGAGGCGCUGCACAUGUACCUGAGUAUCGUUCAGGUGUUCACGCCCUACCUCAGCCGAUACAUGCUCAAGUUCUCCCUCGUAGGCUGGGGCGCUCCGGUUGUCGUGGUGACGGUGGUGAUCUCGGUGGACAAAGACAACUAUGGUCUGGUGACGUAUGGAAGGUACACAGACGGCACCUCAGAUGACUUCUGUUGGCUGCGCAGCGACACGGCCUUCUACGUGGGCGUGGUGACCUACUUCCUGCUCAUCUUCACAUCGUGCCUGCUGGUCUUCGCCGUGGUCAUGGUCCAGCUGUCCCGCAUCAAGAGACAGAACCCGCACAACCAGUCCCCUCACAGAGGCCUGGUCACCGACCUGCGCAGCGUGGUCGGCCUGGUGGUUCUGCUGGGCCUGGCUUGGGGGUUCGCGCUGUUGGCCUGGGGGCCGCUCCACCUGCCCUUUGUUUACCUCUUCACCAUCUCCAACUCCCUGCAAGGCUUCUUGGUCUUCGUGUUCCAUUGCGCCUGCAAGGAGAACGUGCGGAGGCAAUGGAGAACCUACCUGUGCUGUGGCCGCCUGCGAUUGGCCAAAAAUUCAGAAUGGAGUCGGACGGCCACGCGGAACAGAAACUUUUCGGCGACGACCUCAUCUGCGUUGGCCCCUCGCCAGCUUUCCUCACGAAGCUCGUCUGUCGCCAGCAACAUCACCAGCAGCAGUUCUGUGUUUGUGGACAGCGGCCUGUCCGAUGGUUCCAGCAGUGACGUCAUCCUCAAUGAGCUUCACAGACAGACGGCGUCGCUUUAAGGCCACGCCCACCUUUCAUGACUGUUAUUGCUGCUUUGCUACUAACGAUGUUGUGUUUCUAUAAUACAUUUGGAUCUCAGUAUUUUUACAGGGGAGCUUUUCUAUUUUGAAAACCACGUGGUUUGUUUUACUUGGUUUAUAAAGAACAGUUUUUUCUGCAACACAAGAGUACAACGUAUCUAAAAAAAAUGUUUGGAAUAAAUAUAUGAGACCCUGCCCCAAGUGGAGGAGUUCAAGUACCUAGGAGUCUUGUUCACGAGUGAGGGAAGAGUGGAUCGUGAGAU